UGAAAACAUUUGUUUUUCCAGGAAUAUUGGGAUGGGAACAUCAACCGCGGCAGCCAGAGUUGGAGCAUUUUGUUCACCGUAUAUAGUUUACUUGGACAAUAUCCACCGCCUGUUGCCUUUUGCCGUUAUGGGAGCCAACGCCCUCCUGUGUGGCUUGCUGUGCUUAACGCUACCUGAGACUGCAAACCAACCCACUCUUGAAACGAUUGAAAAUAAUUCGACGACCACGAGCGGGAAUGAAGCUAAGGAAGACCUCAACAAAAACAGCGGAGAAGAGGAGAAGGCAGCUUUGGUGUCUGGCGAGGUUGACCCUAACAACACUGUGUAAAGUGCUGCCAAUCACUGUAGAUCUCUUUUAGAAAAUUAGAUAUAGCUCUUACUACAGCGCGUGUAUGCAGCAUA